CGCCUGGAUAUAGUGCGGCAAGGCGCGGAGCUUGCAGUCACUUUGCGAGGAGGAGCGCGCGGCGGGCUGCGGGCGGCUGGGGCACCCGGGAGCGGCGGCGGGCUAGCAGAGGCGGCCGUGGCAGCGGAAGGUUCUCUCUCCCGGGCUGGACUUAAUAACUUUGGAACUGUCCGCCGGUGUCACGUCCUGAACAUGAGCCUCCUCCUCUCCUUCUACCUGCUCGGGUUGCUUGUCAGGAGCGGGCAAGCUCUUCUUCAAGUGACAAUUUCACUUAGCAAAGUAGAGCUUAGUGUGGGUGAAUCUAAAUUCUUCACAUGUACAGCCAUUGGUGAGCCUGAGAGUAUAGACUGGUAUAACCCUCAAGGAGAGAAGAUCAUUUCAACGCAGAGGGUUAUGCUACAGAAGGAGGGUGUCAGGUCACGACUCACCAUCUACAAUGCAAACAUAGAAGAUGCAGGGAUAUAUCGCUGCCAAGCGACAGAUGCCAAAGGACAGACACAAGAAGCUACAGUAGUUUUGGAAAUUUACCAAAAACUCACCUUCAGAGAAGUGGUGUCCCCUCAAGAGUUCAAGCAAGGGGAGGAUGCAGAAGUGGUUUGCAGAGUGAGCAGUUCCCCGGCCCCUGCGGUCAGCUGGUUGUACCACAACGAGGAAGUCACCACCAUCCCCGACAAUCGGUUUGCAGUGCUUGCAAACAAUAAUCUGCAGAUCCUCAAUAUUAAUAAAAGUGAUGAAGGUAUAUACAGAUGUGAAGGAAGAGUGGAGGCGAGGGGAGAGAUUGACUUCCGGGAUAUCAUUGUUAUUGUUAACGUUCCACCAGCAAUCAUGAUGCCCCAGAAGUCCUUCAAUGCUACAGCAGAGAGAGGAGAAGAGAUGACCUUAACCUGCAAGGCCUCGGGCUCCCCAGAUCCAACCAUCUCUUGGUUCAGGAACGGCAAACUCAUUGAAGAAAAUGAAAAGUAUAUUUUAAAGGGCAGUAAUACAGAGCUCACUGUCAGGAACAUAAUCAAUAAAGACGGGGGCUCUUAUGUCUGCAAAGCAACAAACAAGGCAGGGGAAGAUCAAAAGCAGGCCUUCCUUCAAGUCUUUGUACAGCCUCAUAUAUUACAACUUAAAAAUGAGACAACAUCUGAGAAUGGUCAUGUCACACUCGUAUGUGAAGCAGAAGGGGAGCCUGUUCCAGAAAUCACAUGGAAAAGAGCCAUAGAUGGAGUCACGUUUUCUGAAGGUGAUAAGAGCCCGGAUGGCCGCAUCGAAGUUAAAGGGCAGCAUGGACGCUCUUCACUGCACAUUAGAGAUGUGAAGUUGUCAGAUUCGGGGCGAUAUGACUGUGAGGCCGCGAGUCGGAUUGGCGGGCACCAGAGGAGCAUGCACCUGGACAUCGAAUAUGCUCCUAAAUUUGUUUCAAAUCAGACAAUGUAUUACUCUUGGGAAGGAAAUCCAAUCAAUAUAAGUUGUGAUGUGACAGCAAACCCACCUGCAUCAAUCCACUGGAGAAGAGAGAAACUGGUCUUACCAGCUAAGAAUACGACUCAUUUAAAAACUCACAGUGUAGGAAGAAAGAUGAUACUCGAGAUUGCCCCCACAUCAGACAAUGACUUUGGACGAUAUAACUGCACAGCUACUAACCGUAUAGGCACAAGAUUUCAGGAAUAUAUUCUUGAAUUAGCAGAUGUCCCCUCUAGUCCCCAUGGAGUGAAGAUUAUAGAGCUGUCACAGACCACAGCCAAGAUCUCUUUCAAUAAACCCGAAUCCCAUGGAGGUGUGCCUAUUCAUCACUAUCAAGUGGAUGUCAAAGAAGUAGCAGCAGAAACCUGGAAAAUAGUACGCUCCCAUGGAGUUCAAACGAUGGUUGUUUUGAGCAGUCUGGAACCAAAUACAACUUACGAAAUUAGAGUUGCAGCAGUGAAUGGCAAAGGUCAAGGAGACUACAGUAAAAUAGAAAUAUUCCAGACACUGCCAGUCCGUGAGCCAAGUCCCCCUUCCAUACAUGGACAGCCAAGCAGUGGCAAGAGUUUUAAAAUCAGCAUCACCAAGCAAGAUGAUGGAGGGGCUCCCAUUUUAGAAUACAUUGUAAAAUACAGAAGUAAAGACAAGGAAGAUCAGUGGCUAGAGAAGAAGGUACAGGGAAAUAAAGACCACAUUAUCUUGGAGCAUCUGCAGUGGACAAUGGGCUAUGAAGUGCAAAUCACAGCCGCCAACAGACUGGGAUAUUCUGAGCCUACUGUAUAUGAGUUCAGCAUGCCUCCAAAGCCCAACAUUAUUAAAGAUAAUUGCUGUGAAGCGAAUAAAGGUGAAAAUGGAGGCCAGUCAUGGCACCUGAAUGCUGUCGGGUUUACUUUUGUAUUAACCAUGAGUUUGUCUUGUUUGUUUUAGUGUUCUAUGUUCUAUGGUACUCUCUGAUCAGAGAUAAAAGAGUAGCUACAGGCUAAUCAAAAAUUUUAAUCAAAAUUUUCAGUCCAGUUCAAUUUAUGUUUACACAAUUCGCCUUCCCCUGAUUUCAGUACUUUCUCUAAUUUUAUCUGUGUAAUUUGGAAGAAAGCAAUGCAGAAAGAAAUUACACAAGAAGUUUUUUCGUACAAAUACUUUUUCAGCAACAAUAUGUUUGACUCCAAAUUCAUUACUUUGCAAAGUAGACUUUGUUACAUUGAAUUUAAUUUCUAUUGUGGGUCUUGCUUUCAUUUCAGUCUGCAAAUAUCAUUCAACAUCCAUCCAUAAGUAUAAAACAUGUAAAUUUUUGUUUUACAAAAUUGUGAAUCACUUCUAACAAGUCUUUAAUACUGUUAAAAGAAAACUUCUGGUUUUGUGAACAUUUCUAGAUUUUAUAGUGCCUAACAUUUAUAUAAACCAUAAGCUUGAUACCCUAUUAUAUCAGAUACAUCUAUUUCUUGUUCUGCUUUCUGUAGUUUGAGAAAAACACUCUCUGAAGGAACAAAAUUCCUUCAUUUUGAACAUCCAAUUAACAUUUUCUUAAGUGAAAAUGCCCCUCUCCCAUUAUCGAUAGUAAGUAAACUUAAUCUCAGUACAUUUAAAUGCUACUAAGUUCAGUACGUUCAUAUGAACCUUUGGCCAGUGUUGCAGAUCUAAAUCUGUUCCAGGUAUCUAUUUCAUUUUCACUACUGCUGACAGUCCCUCUCUUUUGCAAGCAUCAGAAUACAAAGUGGCCAUUUUAGGCAUUACUUUAAAGGAGGUGAAAAUGAGAGGGAAACAAGAGGCUGCUGUAUUCAGAUAAAAACAAAACAAAACAAAACAAAACAAAACAAAACAAAACAAAACAAAACAAAACAAAACCAAAGCAAAGCAAAACACACAAACCCAAACUGAAACCAACCAACCAAACAAACAAACAAAAAACUCAAUUGGAAAAAAUACAGGAAGAAUUGUAUGUAUGAAACUUUUUCCAGUUUCAGUUAUUUGUUAAUGAGAGGAAUGUGCUGUUAGUUUUGAAUCACAUCCUAUGAAAUAAUGGUUAGUAUUUAAACCAAUUAAGAAACCACACAUGCACCAACAGACACACACACACCAACACUCACACGCAUGCACAUACAACCACACCAUAUAGACAAAUAUAACCAUAUUUACUUGUUCAAUCAAAAAAUAAA